AUGCCCUCCUCUAAGCCUACGAAACCCAAGCCGGAUCCCGUAGACACGAAUGCGGAAACGGCUGGUGCUUCGGGCUCUGGCUCUUCCUCCUCGUCCUCGAGCAGGUUCGAUGCUGUGACUAAGAUAUUCGCGCCGUUCCAGCAUAGGAAGACAGACUCAAACAAGAUCUUUGCUGACCUUGCCCCAGUCAUCAUGACGCCGCGUAUGAUAUCGCAUGCCGCCACCGUCACGUCCAGGUCGCGCGGGGCGGUCGGCGCCGCGCAACAGCACAUGGACUUUGCCACGCUCGGACGCGCACCGAUGCGCAUAGCACUCGGAAGCAGGCGCCUGACCUCACGCGAGCUCCAAAUAGUCGAGGACACGGACGAGCUGUUGAGCGCGCCUAUACCGGACGAGCCGGAGCCACAGGCCGGCGCCCCGUCCCUGUUGCGCGGUUUCCAGGCGACCAUCCCGUCCGCGGACAAGGGCAGGACCCGCAGGCGCCAGACCCGCAACGUCGACACCCCACACUUGGGUCUCAAGAAGCUCGCCGCCGGUGCACGUGGUCUGAUGCUCGAGGGUGCCGAGGAGGACGAGGAGGAUGGCGUGCUUGUCGCUCCUUCUGGCCCCGACAGAGAGCGCGGGAGAAAAGGCAGGAGGAAACGAGGGAGGGAGAGCUUGGCGGCUAACAAAGUCUUCGGGAGGGACGAGUUGGAGAGGCAAACAGACGAGAUCCGUAGAGACAAGGAGAACUUGCACGUACGCAGGAGUCUCAUAAACAGUGAAAUCGACGAGGUCUCGCGAAAGAUCGCCGCGCUGGACGCAAUCCGACAGAGAUUAGAAGACGACUUGCUGAGACUGCAAGAAGACGAGCUGGAGCUCGACGAUGAACUUGAGAUGGUCAGGGAGCAACUAAACCUGGAAGAGUCUAGGACUCGAAAGGGCAAGUCGACCUCUGCGCAUAUGCAGAGCUCUCGACGAAGAAAGGGCCCCGCAUUCUUGCCAUCGGAACACGACGACUUGCCCCCUGGCGUCGCGUUUAUGACGCUCGAGGCGGGAAACACGCCCGUGACGGCGCUCGACUUCUCAGAACCGUAUGGUACCCUUGUUACGGCGACGGCUGAUGAGCCACAGCCGCGCGUCUGGGAUCUUCUAACCGGGACGGAGAUUGGACGUCUUCGUGGACAUACAGGGACUGUCAAGGCCAUGCAGGUUGAAGAUCAUGUAUGCCUGACGGGUGCCGAAGACGGCAGCGUUCGUCUGUGGGAUCUUCGACGUGUGGAAGAAGACGAAUGGGAAGGGGGGAUGGUGCAUCUGGAGGAUGUUGCCGAGGAAGAUGAACAUGGCGAAGGCGUCGUGGUCGAUAAACCCAACGGCAUCCGCAAUGGAAAGAUGAGUGCACACGGGGAUGAAGAACACGAGGAACCAACCGGCCCCUGCGUACGGGUACUCGGCGGACACAGCAAAGCCGUUACUGCUUUGUACUUCGACGACGACACCCUUGUGACUGGCGCUUCGGACAAAACGCUCCGUCAAUGGGAUCUGAACACGGGACAAUGUGUCAUGACUAUGGAUCUUCUCUGGGCAUUGUCACAUUCCGCCGUCGCCGCGCCUGGUGGUGCUGGCGGCCCGCUCUUCUCGGGUGCUACCGCAGCUGCAGGCACAUUCGCUGUGCCCACGCCUCCGUAUGCGGAUGGGACCUGGGAUCUAUAUCAAGAUUUCAUCGGGUCGGUACAGUUCUGGGGCUAUGCAUUGGUCAGUGGCAGCGGUGAUGGCGCUGUGCGGAUGUGGGACAUGCGUACUGGGCAAGCUCAUAGAACCUUGCUCGGACACACAGGACCCGUGACCGCCCUACAGUUCGAUGAGAUCCACAUCGCGAGCGGUAGUCUUGACAAGUCGGUCAGGAUCUGGGAUCUCCGGAGCGGUGGCAUCUUUGAGACGAUCAAAUACGAUCAUGGAGUAACGGGGCUGCAGUUCGAUAGCCGCAAGGUCGUCUCCGCCGCUGGCGAGAAUGGCGUCAAGAUCUACAACAGGACGUCCAUGCAACACUCCACGCUCUCCACGAAUGGUCACGUUCGCCCAGUCGAACGUCUGCGUUACAUGGACCGUUAUCUCGUUUCAGGAGGGCGCGACGCCAUGGUCAAGAUUUGGGCGCUAUGA